UUAUCAGUGAUCGAGGCCGCAAGGCCCAUAACUAGCAGGUGGUAAAGGGAAAAUAGAAAAUCCGUGGCAAAUAAUUGGUGAUUUUAGUUUUAAACCAUAAUCAGUUGAUAGCUUCUUUAGCAUUUACAUAAAAGCAGGUCUGGUUUUUUCAAACUUCAACGACUGCGUUUUGAGUUCUGAUAUUCCAUUUUUGCAAAAAGGAAAUCUUCAAUUAUGGCAAGCUUGCUAGGUGCUGCCUCAAAUGUGAUAAACGCUGCCUCAAAUGUGGUUGAAGAAGCAGUCAAAGGAGUCGAGAAUGCCCAACAAGAGGUGGCAAAUGCUGUCUCAAACCCGUCAAAUAUAGUUAAAGACGUGGCAAGUGCUGCCACAGAUAUCGUUGAAGAAGCAGCCAAAGGAGUCCAGAAUGUCCAAAAAGAGGUGGCAAAUGCUGUCUCAAACUCUUCAAAUAUAGUUAAAGAUGUGGCAAGUGCUGCCACAGAUAUCGUUGAAGAAGCAGCCAAAGUAGUCGACAAUGUCCAACAAGGUGUGGUAAGUGCUGCCUCAAAUGUGGUUGAAGAAGCAGCCAAAGGAGUUGGGAAUAUCCAAGAAAAGGUGGUGAGUGCUCUCGACAAAGGCGAGAAUAUCCCAAAACAGGAGGCAGUGGAUGAUGAAGAGGAAGAUACCCUAAAGUAUUUGGAUAUUGUGCAAGCGGCUCUAGUUUUAGCCUUGGUUUCUUCCUCAAAGCUCUAUCUUUUUGUCAAGGACAAGUCUGGUCCAUUGAAACCUGGUGUUGACACUGCUGAGGUUACGAUUAAGAGCGUGGUUAGACCUUUCUAUUACAGGUUCCAUGAUGUUCCCAAUAAGGUUCUCAAGUUUGCAGACAACCAGGUUGAUGCAUCUGUCACUCUUGUUCUUCGCUAUGCUCCCCCAGUUGUCAAGCAGGUGUCUACCCGAGCUUAUUCAGUAGCUCGAAAUGCCCCGCGAGCUGCUCUUGCACUGGUUUCUUAUUUGCCUUUGCCCACCAACAGACUUUGUAAAUUGUUGUCUGAAGAUAAGUGAGCCACAAUCUGCACCAAUUGCUUCCAGCUAAGCAAGAUGAUGAUGUACUGAAGAAUGUAUGUUGGAUUUGAUUAAAUAUCUAUUGUGAGCUAUUUUUGUGUACUUAUCCUGAGUGUUUAGACUAUGCUUUUGGUCGUGUUUUGAAUGUUCGUAUUGGGAAUAAAGGGCUGGUUAAAUUAUUGGCUAA